AACAGUUGAAGAUGAGAGCUGGAGGUACCAGUGAAACCUCAAAAUGGAAGAAACAGAAGCGAUCGCCACGACCACCUCGUCAUUUGACCAAAGCAAUGAUUGGAGUUGAAUCUCAACAGCAGCAGCCUUUACUUAAUGGCUCUUCAACAAAUCCGGCUGGUAUUCCUUUCAUUGAAGCGUCCUCUCCAGAUGCUACCCUCUCCUGUCUCAGCUGGAAGCUCAGAGGCCACAUCAUGUGCUGUCAGCCCCAUGGCUGACAGUGCCCUUGGAUUAUCCUCCCAGGCUACAUCUAAAGAGGAUCUUUCUGAAAUAGAUAAUGCAAACAUUGCUACAACACUGCAGUCAUCUGGAGUCUUGGAUCUAUCCGAACAACCAAACCCUGAUGACCUAAAGACUGAAGAAUUACUAGGAAGGAAGACGCAAUCUGCCUCUGUUGAAUCCAUACCUGAAGUUCUAGAAGAUAGCUCUUCACUGGCUGAACAUUCAGACUCUGCCUCUGUACAUGAUAUGGAUUAUGUCAACCCUCGUGGAGUUAGGUUUACACAGUCUUCACAGAAAGAAGGAGUGGUUUUGGUUCCUUAUGGAUUACCCUGUAUUCGUGAACUUUUUCGCUUUCUCAUUUCACUAACCAACCCCCAUGAUCGCCAUAACUCUGAAGUGAUGAUGCACAUGGGAUUACAGCUGAUUACGGUGGCAUUGGAAUCUGCUCCCAUAGCAAAUUAUGCCUCACUUCUGGGGCUUGUGAAGGAUGAGCUCUGUCGACAUUUAUUUCAGCUGUUAAAUGCAGAGCGAUUGAACUUGUAUGCAGCUUCCUUGCGAGCAUGCUUCCUUCUGUUUGAAAGCAUGAGAGAACAUCUAAAAUUUCAGUUGGAGAUGUACAUAAAAAAGCUGAUGGACAUCAUAACUGUGGAGAAUCCAAAGAUGCCAUAUGAAAUGAAGGAGAUAGCUCUGGAAGCCAUUGUGCAACUCUGGAGGAUACCUAGCUUUGUAACCGAGCUAUACAUAAACUAUGACUGUGAUUUUUACUGUUCUAAUCUCUUUGAGGAUUUGACCAAGCUGCUCUCUAAGAAUGCCUUUCCAGUAUCUGGCCAGCUAUAUACCACUCACCUACUUUCACUAGAGGCUUUGCUGACUGUCAUUGACAGCACAGAAGCACAUUGUCAGGCUAAGAUUCUGAGUAACACUUUGCAACAGGAUAAGAAAGAGAUGGUCAAAACCACUGCAGAUAAUUCAGAGAGAUCUCCAGAGUCUGUUAAUGGUAGUGAACAAGCUGUUGAAAGCACCACAGCAGUCACAAGUAUCGAAUCCAAGGGGGGUCAUCCUCCAACCAGUGGGCAUUUAAUGGCAGACAAAAUGAAUCUUGGAAUUCAGGAGGCAGAAGGUGCCUGUAGUGGAGUUGAGAAGAAGACUCUGAAGGCACCAGUACGGUUUUCUUCUCUACUUCCAGCUGUGCAAGAACUAAAUGAUAUAAAAAACAAGAAAAAGCUCCUCAUCACUGGAACAGAGCAGUUUAAUCAAAAGUCAAAGAAAGGGAUACAGUUUCUUCAGGAAAAGUCUCUCUUGGCUACACCAAUGGAUAACAAUGAAGUAGCUCAAUGGCUCAGAGAGAACCCCAGACUGGACAAAAAAAUGAUUGGGGAAUUUGUGAGCGAUCGCAAAAACCUUGAUUUGCUUGAGAGCUUUGUAGGGACAUUUCAAUUCCAAGGUCUGAGAGUUGAUGAAGCUUUAAGGCUUUACCUUGAAGCAUUUCGCUUACCAGGGGAAGCACCUGUGAUUCAUAGGCUUUUAGAGGCUUUUACAGAACAUUGGAGGAAAUCAAAUGGGACUCCUUUUGCAAAUAGCGAUGGCUGCUUUGCUUUGGCCUAUGCUGUCAUCAUGCUGAACACUGACCAACACAAUCACAAUGUUCGCAAGCAGAAUAUUCCAAUGACUCUGGAGGAGUUCAGAAAAAAUUUGAAGGGAGUCAACGGUGGAAAAGAUUUUGAUCAGGAUAUGCUCGAAGAUAUGUACCAUGCGAUCAAAAAUGAGGAAAUAGUUAUGCCAGAAGAGCAGACUGGACUAGUAAAGGAGAACUACAUGUGGAGUGUACUGCUGCACCGAGGUGCCACCCCAGAGGGAGCCUUCCUGCAUGUUACUCCAGGAAGCUAUGAUCAUGAUCUCUUCACAAUGACUUGGGGUCCAACUAUUGCUGCACUCUCUUAUGUAUUUGACAAGAGCAUGGAAGAGACCAUUAUCCAGAAAGCCAUUUCUGGAUUUAGGAAAUGUGCAAUGAUAUCUGCUCACUAUGGAUUAAGUGAUGUUUUUGACAACCUCAUCAUUUCCCUGUGCAAGUUUACAACUCUUAGUAGUGAGGCUGUAGAGAAUCUUCCUACUGUUUUUGGAAGCAACCCAAAGGCCCAGAUAGCUGCCAAAACUGUUUUCCACCUAGCACACAGACAUGGAGAUAUUUUGCGUGAGGGCUGGAAAAAUAUCAUGGACUCCAUGUUGCAACUCUUCCGAGCCGAGCUGCUGCCAAAGGCUAUGGUUGAAGUUGAAGACUUUGUUGAUCCAAACGGCAAAAUUUCUCUUCAGCGGGAAGAAAUCCCUGCAAAUCGUGGGGAGUCAUCUGUCCUGAGUUUUGUCAGCUGGCUAACCCUGAGUGCCACUGAGCAGUCAAGUCUGAGAGGACCUACUGAAAACCAAGAAUCGAAGAAACUAGCAUUGGAGUGUAUAAAGUUAUGUGAUCCAGAGAAACUCAUUACAGAGAGCAAAUUUCUCCAGCUGGAAUCCUUGCAAGAAUUAAUGAAGGCUUUGAUAUCUGUGACUCCAGAUGAAGAAACAUAUGAUGAAGAAGAUGCUGCUUUCUGCCUGGAGAUGUUGCUGAGAAUUAUUCUAGAAAACAGAGACCGUGUUGGUUGUGUAUGGCAAGUUGUGCGUGAUCACCUUUACCAUCUUUGCGCUCAUGCAAUGGAGUUCUGCUUCCUUGUUGAACGUGCUGUGGUUGGACUGCUACGACUGGCUAUUAGACUUUUACGGCGUGAUGACAUCAGUGCACAGGUUCUCCUUUCCCUUCGCAUUCUGCUAAUGAUGAAACCAAGUGUCCUUUCCCCGAGUAAGCCGCCAAGUUGCUUUCGGCCUUCAUGAACUGUUGAAGACCAAUGCUGCCAACAUCCACUCUAGCAAUGAUUGGUAUACACUGUUUUGCCUGCUGGAGUGUAUUGGUGCAGGAGUGAAGCCUCCACCUGCCCUGCAGGUGACAACCAGGAGCGAUAAUGACACAGGUGCACAGUCAGACAGUGAAGUGUCUUCAUACCACUCGACUGAUGUGAGUCUGGAUCGUGGAUACACCUCAGACUCUGAGGUAUAUACGGAGCAUAGCAAGCAGUCGAAGAUGCACCGAUCUGUCACUGAUGUGGAUAUGGUGAAUAGCGGUUGGCUAGUGGUCGGAAAGGAGGAUGUGGACUCUUCUAAAGUGUCUGCAGCAAUGAGCAAGCCUGGUGCCAGCACUCCAGUAAACCAGUACAGUUUAGUAAUUGGUUUGGACUUUGGCCCACAUGAUACAAAAUCUCUCAUGAAGAGCGUGGAGUCUCUAUCUUUUAUUGUUCGGGAUGCUGCACAUGUUACACCAGAAAACUUUGAGCUGUGUGUGAAGACUAUACGUGUCUUCGUAGAGGCGAGUCUAAACGGAGGGUACAAAUCACAAGAGAAGAGAGUGAAGAGCCAUAAGUAUGACAGUAAAGCUAGCCGUUUCAAGAAGAAAAGUAAAGAGAAAGAAAAUACACUGCGUCGCUCAAGAGUCUCCAACCAGCGCCAGUAUCGUUCUCACAGUGAUGAUGAGGAAGACGAGAGUGUGCCAGCUAGUUACCACACUGUGUCAUUACAGGUUAGUCACGACCUCCUUGACUUGAUGCACACACUUCAUACAAGGGCUGCAACCAUUUACAGUUCGUGGGCAGAGGAACAGCGCCAUCUUGAGACUGCAGGGGAAAAGAUCACAGCCGAUUCUAGAACUUUGUGGUCAAACUGCUGGUGUCCAUUGCUGCAGGGAAUUGCAUGGCUUUGUUGUGAUGCUCGACGUCAGGUUAGGAUGCAGGCUCUUACUUACCUACAGAGAGCACUUUUAGUCCAUGAUCUCCAGACACUGGAUGCACUUGAAUGGGAAGCCUGCUUUAAUAAGGUGCUAUUUCCACUGUUAACAAAGCUCUUGGAGAACAUAAGCCCAGCUGAUGUGGGAGGUAUGGAGGAGACGAGAAUGAGAGCAUCUACAUUGCUUUCAAAGGUCUUCCUACAGCAUUUGUCUCCUUUACUGUCUCUUCCCACCUUUGCUGCUCUGUGGAUGACAAUACUAGAAUUUAUGGAUAAGUACAUGCAUGCUGGCUCCAGUGACUUGCUGAUGGAGGCCAUACCCGAAUCCUUGAAAAAUAUGCUGCUAGUUAUGGACACUGCUGGAAUAUUCCACAGUGCAGACUCUCGGACAGGAUACUCAGACCUUUGGGAGAUUACCUGGGAGAGAAUAGACUGUUUCCUGCCUCGGCUAAGAGAAGAACUAUUCAAACAGACAGUAAUACAGGGAAAAGCAGCUAAUAUACAAUCCAUUACUCGACAUCCUCAGAACCUAUUUGAUGCCACUCCAGACCCACCCCAUGUAUCUGCAAGUGAAUCACAUCCUCAAAAAACUCUAGUAGGGCCUGCUUUUGUUCCUGCUACUACAGAGCCCAGACCUGUGCCACAGCCAGCUCAGCCGGAGCAAAUACUAAGUGAAAAUGAUUGUACAAGCCCUGGAUUAUCUGCAGUUCCAAUUCCUGGAUCUAGCCCUUCCUGUGCACCCAUGAGGAUGAGCCCGGUGACAGAGAUACCUCCUCCUCCUAUAAAUCAGCCACCUCUCAUCUUGCACCCCCUAACAUCUCCUCUGCAGGUUGGAGUUCCACCAAUGUCUCUGCCAAUCAUCCUUAAUCCUGCAUUAAUAGAGGCUACCUCUCCUGUGCCCCUCCUAUCUACUCCUCGACCUGCAGAAACAUCACCAGUCUCAGAGGUCAACUAA